AUCUCUCUUCUCUCUUAUUCUCUCUCUUCCCUGUUCUUGGAGAGUGACGAUCUCGAACUCCGAGGCCCAUUACAAAAGGGCCUUUAAUUCCAUGCAUAAAAAAUGGGUGGGAGCUGGGAACGGAGCACGUUGCUGUCCUUGUUUACCCCUCUCCCAUUGUUGUUCUUUUUCACUGUCGCGUGAACUCAGCCAGAAGCUCAAAACACAACACAACUUUCUCCUCUCUCUGCGGAAACAACCUUUUACAAGAACUGAAGAAACUAUGUUCAGGGGUGGGCUAAGUUCCUAUUGUUAUAGCAGCAAAAAUGUCUCCAUAUCAAGAACUUCGCUUGUUCGCGGCUUCUACAGGUUAUUUUCGAUCCGGACUGGAAGCAAGCUAGAAGGCAAGGUAGCAUUAAUAACUGGAGCCGCAAGUGGCAUUGGAAAGGCAACUGCAAUCAAAUUUAUCAACAAUGGUGCCAAAGUUGUUGUUGCUGAUAUCCAAAACCAACUUGGCCAAGAAACUGCAGAAGAGCUUGGACCCUAUGCUACUUUUGUUUCCUGUGAUGUCACUAAAGAGUCGGACAUAUCAAAUGCAGUUGAUUUUACGAUCUCUAAGCACAAGCAACUUGAUAUCAUGCACUGCAAUGCAGGGGUGCCCUGCAAAACUCCCCCCAGCAUUGUAGAACUUGACCUGGAAAUGUUCGAUAAAGUCAUGGAUAUCAACGUGCGGGGAGUCAUGGCCGGGAUCAAGCAUGCAUCACGUGUAAUGAUCCCACGGCAAACUGGCUCAAUUCUUUGCACAGCUAGUAUCACCGGACUAAUGGGUGGGCUAUCGCAGCACACAUAUUCUGUGUCCAAGUCUGCUGUCAUAGGCAUUGUUAAAUCUGUGGCUGCAGAGCUAUGCAAGUAUGGAAUCCGAGUCAAUUGCAUAUCCCCGUUUGCCAUUCCAACUCCAUUCGCAAUGGAUGAUAUGAGACAGUUUUUUCCUGGCGUUGAUGAUCAACGGCUUGUGGAAAUGGUUCGUAAUGCUGGUGUCUUUGAGGGUGCAUAUUGUGAACCCAGCGAUGUCGCUAAUGCUGCGCUCUAUCUUGUGUCUGAUGAUGCCAAGUAUGUUAAUGGGCAUAAUUUGGUGGUCGAUGGGGGUUUUACUUCUUUUAAAAGUUUGACUUUCCCUGCACCUGAUGAACUUCAGUAAAAGCUUUAGUGUUCAAGUAUAAUUUGAAAAGAGAAAAGAGCCACAAAAACAAGUUUUACAAGUUUGGAUGAUAUGUUGUUAGCACCAAAAGUCUCAUAUCAUGGAUUGUGAGGCAUCACAUGGAUGUGAAGUAACACCUUAGGUGUUCUACCAGGCUCUAUUGCUAAUUCUAGAGAACUCUAAUUGCAAUUUCAA